UUUAUAUUCGGGGUCUUGUGUCUCCCUUGGACACGUGAAAGCCGCAAAUGAACUAUCUGCAUGGAAGUUGCGCCCGGUGCUUUAGCUAGUUGUGGACGCGUUAGCAGUCGGCUCGUCGCCCGCGGACGGGCAUUGACCUUGCGUGCCGGCUCCAGCCCGUUCCUAACUCGGAUUUUCCCCGACAUCACUGACUGUUUAACGUCAGGGUUUCCCGGAUCGCUCGUGUUUAGUAGGCUUCCAAGUAGAGACAGUUUGUGGGGGGGGGAAACAGGAGCUGAAAUGUUAUUUUAAAAGAAACACGAGCACACGUUUUGCCUCCCCAGCAACACAAGCCGGCUCCGCUGGAAUGUUCCUGCUUUUUGGUUUGCAUUAGUUGCUAUUUCCUGUCCGCCAUGAUGGAAACAAAAAAUGUUACUAACUUGUUUUUUAAAACUGGUUUAAUAUUUGAAGUGGUUUGGCAUUCGCGAUGUUAAGUUGGACCAGAGCGUCGUCUACACUCUGCAUUAUUAAAAUGGGCUCCGGCCAUGUCGCCGUGUCGUCGGCUCGCCUUUUCGCGACGGGCCUGUUGCUCUCGGCUGGCUAAAGCAGCUAGCCAUCGGUGUCCGAGUCUCGGAGGGGUGCUGGUUUGUAAAACACUAACUAGAUUAAUCGAUAUUCUCCAGGUUGUGGUGUCUGCAUUAUAAAAUGCAGAUGUUAUCAGGAAGUGUUGGCCGUUUGGCUAGUUGCGGUCUCCGCGAUCCGGGACCAUGACCCAUCAAGUUUGUUAGCCUGCCAGACGGUGCAGCCCGGGGGUAGCAUACCGUUAUUCUAGCCCCCCGCUCAGAUACCCUUCCAGACACAGGCCACCCACAACGCCGCGUUUAAGUAUCUGUUGCUAACUGUAUUUCAUAUCCCCUGGGGACGAUGGGUGACGUUGGAUUUUAGGAGUGAAAACAGUUGAGGACCGAUCUGCCUUUGCCCACUACUUGGCUGGCUUACUUUGCGUUAAAUACACGCCUGUCUCGUUUCUUCAUCCAGUGACCCACAUAGAAAACUAGUUGGAUCUCUGGUGGUAGCUAGUAAUCUGUUAUAUGCAAGUGAUAUUUGGUCAUGUACGGAAUAAGUUAAGCUGUCCCCAAUGACAGCGCUCAAACCACUCCCUAUUAGUGGUUGUAACCUAGUUUGCUAACACUAGCAAUAUAGCUGGCCGUACGGGCUUUCGCCGUUAAUCGUGUGUGAAAUUGAAUUGAUGCGUUAACUCGCGGCUUUUACGGGGCAGUAGUCAGGAAGGGACGGCUAACCAGGCAACUAGAUUAAUAUAAGCAAGUGGGAUAUCUAAGCCGCAGGUCCUGCUGAACUGUGGAAUGUGCUGCUCUUGCAGUUUGAACGUCGCAGCACAAGCCGCACGUCCGAACUCCAGCCGAAAGGGAGCGUGCUCGUGGCGAGGCGGCGGGCGUCGCGAGCUCUCGCGGUUCGGCUCGAGCGUCGGAGGGCUUCGAUUGCCGAUCGGCGGCCGAUUCGCCCGUUCGCGAAAAGUCGGCAAUGGAAAACUAAAUGGUAACAUUACAGAGAGAAAGAAGAUUCUUUCUGCACUUGAGUCAGUUAGCAUCACAUAUCCCAUUAAUGGUCAUGGCUACACACAGCUAGAUACAAACUUAAGACUGAAGCAUGCUGGGAAGUUCCUUAGCAAUCUCCCAGUAGAGGGAUGCAAGAGUGUUCCCGGUAAUAAAAACAGUAUGGACAGCAAGAAUGACAAGCCUUCGGAUUUUAAAACUCACGAGGGCAAGAAAGAGUUUGUGACGCUCCUGAACGGCGUGGUGGGCCUCACUGGGCUCCUCACUAACGGUUAUUCCAGUAAGCCGGCCCCCGACACCGAUGGCAGUGGUUCCGAGAGCGGCUGCGGCACCCCUAAGAAACGCAAAUCCCAACGCGGCGGCAGCAAGUAUGCCGAGGAUGUGACUCUGCCAGCAGCCAUGCAGCAGAGCAGUGCCUCGCCACCUAAGUUGGAAGCAGACCCCGCUCACCUCCAGUCGGCCGAGAAGCCAGCUGGCUCGCAGGCCGACUCCCCCAGGACCACCCCGAAAGCCGAGCCCCCUGCCUUAACGCGUGCCAGGCCGGUGACGGGCUUGGCGACGGGUGCUUCUUCGGCAGGGGAGCAGGCACGCAAGAACUCAGACGGCAAGGCCGUUGGCUCUGGGAAAAAGCACGAGGACAGGCUUAGUAAGGCCAAACUCGCCACCGUGGUGACUGCAAAAGAGGACUCGUGGACUCUGUUCAAACCGCCGCCUGUGUUUCCCGUGGACAACAGUAGUGCUAAGAUUGUCCCCAAGAUCAGUUAUGCAAGUAAAGUCAAGGAGAACCUUAACAAAACAUCCCAGGUUGGAUUGGAUGCUCCCCUUCUCCCAGUGCCUGGCAGACCUCCGCAGGUCCCCAUGUCUGCAAUGAAAACCAUCACCUCGGCCAGCUUUACCAACGGCCCUGUCCCUGGACAAGGGAACCAGUGCUCCCAGUCCGGACCCCUCUUCCCCGCUGCUGCUAGUACUGUUCCGCUGGCUCCCUUUCUCCUGGCGGGUGAGAAUGUAGCAUCAUCUUCUGAAAGCAGCAGUGGCGCGUCGGCUGCCCCCUUCACCACAGUGGGCGAGCACAGGAAGCCCAGCCUUUUCGUUUACCCGCUAGGCCCUCCGAAUAUGCAACCCCCGCUUCCCAGUGGUCGUCAGGCCGAGCCCCCUUCUGUGCCGGGCAAUCAGAAAGCACUGGGAGAUAUCUUCCAGAACCAGUGGGGACUGUCCUUCAUCAAUGAGCCUAGUGCUGGUCCCGAUGGGACUGCGGGGCGACAGGCUAUGAAGAACCGGGCCGUGGAUGUGUCUUUCCAGGGGGACUGCGCUGCUGCCCCUGGCACUCGGGCCUCCCUUACCCCUCUGCAGGGUCCGGAGAACCCACCCAUGCCAAAGGCUUACGACCCAGAUGUGCGGACUAGCCCCCAAACCCUUAGUGUUUUAAAAGCAUGUUCUCCUGCAGGCCUAGCCUGCGAGGGCUGGACACAAACGCAGCCACUCGAACUGGAUGAGCAGGAAGGUGGGGUGGCCAGUAUAGGUGCAAUAGUAUUUCCUUCGUUGAAAGACGAGGCCCCGCAGGCAUGUUCGGCUAGCCCCAUGGUGGUUCCUGCCAGAGAGCCGAGUCACUCCAAGGGCUUCGAUAGGAGUUAUAGCUGGGGCUCCUUCAAUCUCAGAGCUGCUGUAACUUAUCACACUAAAGAAAUGGAAUAUAUUUUAAAUUUGCAAAAACAAGAUCCAAAAAGAGUUGUUCUUUAUGACAAGAGCCAAGAUGGACCCAAUCAGUGAGGUCGGCACAGUCACAUGACCUUCACCUGAACACUACCGUGAGACAAGGCGUGUGGGCUGCCUUUGGCUCCUUUUGUCAGACUCAAUAGAUUCAAAAUUAAUCACAAUCGUCACUCGCAUAGAGGAACUGGAGACGUAUCCUGUAAUAAAGACUGCAGAGUCGUGAGAGAACACAAGCAGAGAGAGGAAGAGGAGCGAAGGUCGGUGUGGGAGAGGCAGAAAAAUCCAGUAUACCGGGAUGGCCUCCCGUCGGAGACCUGGAGCUGCUGUGGAGCCGUCAAAGGGUGUGUGGCUGCCCAAACUUCACCCCGAGCAAAGGGUUCCUUUUAUCCUCUGGUACAGACUCCAGUACCCAGGUCUGAAGACUUUGUUAGAGUCUUCACCUAUGUCUAUGGAUCGACGUAACACCUUAUGCUGUGACAGACACUGGGUUCACGGCACUGUGGGGGGUGGGGGGGGGGUGUAAGAGGUAAUGGGGACAUUGUUUCCAUUUCCUGAGCCUUUCCAUGGGGGGUGGGGGGUGGGAAUCAUAAUCAGAUAAUGCUCUUAAUUUCCUUUUGAAUCCAGGUUGACUGAUACAGGCACAUUUGUGCAUUUUUUGUGUGCGACAUUGAAAUUCAUAAUGGGGGGGAAAGGUGAUUUCAAGCGGAUGCCUUGGGGAAAAAAAUGGAUAAAACAACAGGAGGAACUGAACAUCCAGUCUUUCUGCUGGACAAACAAAAGCAUAGAUUCUUGGUAUUUGAGCAUGGAAAGAUGUCGGGCCUUGGGGGAUACAAUUGUCUUAACUUUAUUUUGGAAAGGAGAUCACACCGUACAGUAUUGACGGACCGUCUUGUUUGGCGAUGCCUGUGUUUUUUUUGUUUUUUUUUGUUUUCUUUUCUUUUCUGCUGUUGGACGACAGAUGAAACAGAACCAGAAUCGCAGAUGGAGAGCGGCAUGUCCGGGUCCGGACAAGUGACACAGGAGUUUCCUGCUCCUCUACAUCUUCUGUUCUGAACUGUUACGCUACUGUGGUCUAACGGUGUCGUGAGUUUCUGUUGAUUGUAAACUUGACCCUCAUACAUAGAUCAGUAUUUAAUUAACUUAAAGUGGGAGAAUCUGAGUCAAUGUAGUAAUUAUUUCCAUGUCGCUAUACUACAGUUGUGGAGUUUGGAUAAACGAUGGAGAGGUUCGACCACAGAGGCUCCGUCGCUUUUCCUUUAUCAUAUUAAAGCUUAUGCAACAUGGGAUCACCUAGAACCAAAUUAAAUGUGCUACCGUGCAUUUCAGUCAUGAUAGCAUCUCAUUGCACAAACAGGUGCAGUCUCUUGUUAAAUUUGGCUGUCUAAAAGUGACGCUGCCUCUUUUUUUUUUUUUGCGCCAGAUUCGACAUUAUUUUGCAUUAUUUUGUCUUGCUCUCAAUCGUUAGUUCGCUUGGACAUUAUCUUCCCCUUUCCCUCCCGGUGAAUCUUAUUUUUUUUUAUGGUUAUAGAAGUGACUGGUGAAGAAUCAACCUUGCGAAAAGCAUUCGUUUGUCAGGCGAGUGGCUUACCGUCCCCGGGGUCCCUUCUCACCCAGAUUGAUAACUGUGUCACUCGCUGUAUUUCUGAAAUCUUCACCGUCUAUAUCGUCGUUCCCCCGUAUGCAUCUGACAAGGGGUUAAUCUCCCAGCCCGAAGCUACAUCUUUGCAUCUUCUCAGUCUUGCUCUCCAUUUUCUUCGAUUAGGAUUAAAAUUGACAGGUUUUUUGCCUGCUGUCUCCCCGCUUCCAUAACUUAUUUGAUUAUAACGAAAUUAGCACUUUAUGUAAACUAAAUUCUUCUUCUAGAAAUAGAUCUAUAUAUGACUAUCACAAUAAGUAGAUAAAUACUAACCCUGGUUAAGAAUGGCUUUUGGCUGUUUGUUUUUCUAAAUAAAAGCAAAAUAUUAAAAAGACACUCAGGUAGAAUUAGUAAAGCCAUUAUUUCACAAAGUAUACCAAUACAAACAAUUAUUGCCAAAAAUCACUUAAAAGCUGGUUAUUUGCUUUCCUUUGUGGUUUUUGUUUUGUUUCAGUUUCCCUAAGUGAUUUGAAUAAUUUGUGCUUAAUCUACAGUUGUUCAAUACCAAAUUGCUACUGGGGACAUAACUUUCAUUUUAAUUUGGUUGUGUGUACCUGCACAAUGUCUGUUUUCAUUUUACAAGGUUCGCAAACAUUACUAAAUGUACUUUUCACGUCCAUGUCCUCGUGUCGGAAUAAGUAUCGUUUGCACUCGUCCGUGUUUGUCGUCGUUUUGUUUUCCGCACUGUUAUGUCUUGGUGUAAGUUUGUUCGGAUCUUUUUUUUCUGCUGGCCUGGUGAUCCUGUCGUCGUCGGUGUUUCCCAGUCUGAUCCCACCAGCCUUUCUUGUGGUGUAGUGUUCCAGCUUACACCCAGGCUGGGGAGUCUGUUCCAUUUCCCCACUUGUGUCUGUUGUUCGCGGGUGGCCUGCGUUGUAAGUGGACAGUCCAGGCCUCUGGACUGACCCUAUAAUGAGAUGUUGUUAGUUCAAGCUGGUGUUUAGUGUGUCUUUUUUUUCUUCUUUUUAACCUUGUCUGCAAGCCUAUCUGCCUGUGGAUUGGUAUCAUUGUUGUUUCCUCCGCUUGUCUGUCAGAUCAGACCAGCUUCUGCCUGCAUACAGGGUCUGCUGCUUCAAAUCCUUAGUCACAGGUUUCGGUUUGUGCUCUACGUAUGUAGAACUUACUGAGCCCUUUUUAAUUAAUCUUAGUCCCUAAAGAGCUUGCCUUUUGUUUAGCCCAGUGCUAUUACUGGUGUUGCACUCCAAAUUACCCAGAAGGUUGAGGAGCACCUCGUCGGCGUGUGAGCUGCAGACUGCCCCAGCUAGUUCAGCAAAGGCAAAAGUCUGUAAAAAUUGGUCUGCAUGUCUUCAAGAGUUUACCUCAUUACCUCUGCUACGUAUGCAUCGCAGAUGGUGGGUCUGCUCCCCUCACCCCCCCCCCCCAAUCCCCUGUUCAUAAAUGGCUGCCCCCCCCCUUUUUAUAUAUAAUUGCGGAAGACAACUGCUUAGUUUUGCACAGUGCAACAGUAGCAGGUCGACUGUGGUUCUGGCCAGCUGUUGCAUUUUAUGUCUUGUACCUCAUUAGUUAGCUCGCCAAGCGGGGGUGGGAAUAGAGCGGCUCGCACAAAGCCAGAAGGACAUCUGGGUCAAGUGUGACUACACAACUUGGCAUUAACACGUUUGCGAAGAGAAAAAAAAUUGUUGGGGGGGGGGGAGUCCAUUUUAGAGGCCUUUUUGUUUCCUACAGCUUCAAAACCUGGGGGAGCUACCGAUGAAUAAAGGUGCCAUGCUUUGGGAUAGCAAGGCCUUAGGGCUGGGCUUCAGUGAAAUGGAAAGGCUGGCUGCUCUCUGGAGCAGCGCGCGUGAUCGCCGGGAUGUACGUCUUUCUAGAUGUGUUCCUGUGAGAUUUCAAGACGAGGAAUUAACUGUUAAUGUGGUGUGUAUGAUAUGGGGCUGAAAUACUGUGAAUUUUUCAUUUCUUAAUCUGAUUCUUCACUUUGCCCCCUAAAAUUGUAUUGAAAGCACUUACCAAUUUGAAGCUUGUUUUAUAUAUUGGUGAUAUUUCUCCCUUUUUCGAUGGCAACGUUAAAAGCCCGCAAAACCGGAUGUUGGUGGGCACCAGACCAGCUCUCUGCUCGUUUGGGUGCAGGAGGUGUGAGAUUGAUAGUAUCUGUGUGCAUGUCUUUAAACAACAGAUUGGUUGAUAGGUCAUCCUGUUAUUAUAACAGAGUGAUGUGGAAUCGCAGAAAUGCUGGAAUGAGUCCCGUCGGCCGGUCUGUCUUGUCUCGUGUUGAUGAUGUCUCACACUUGUCAUCCGGCAGCUGUGGUUCAUUCUAAUGCCUGAAAGUUUCAGUGUGUGUGUGAUUUGCAAAUGCAAUAUGCAAAUGUCCCUGUGUCUAUUGAUAAUCCUGACACACUGUGCACAGGAUUCUUAUGCUAAAAAUAAUAGAUUUGACUACUUAUAAUUUGUGCCAUGCUAAGCUUUACUAUGCUGUAUGAGACAUUGCUAUGCAUUACUUUAUUUUUGCUUUGUUUCUUUUAGUAGUUAUUGGGGGGUGGUAACAUCAAUUGGAUAUAAAUCCAUUACUGCUGACAAACAUACUGGAAACAAUAAGUUUUAUUUCUUGAGGUGGGUGGGCAUUGUUUGCUUCUUCCUACUAAAGUGCUGAUUUGGUGCUUAUUGAUUCUUGUUUUCAGUUUUUGGCAGUCAAUCUCAAAUCUCAAAGAACAUCGGUUCUUUUUCAUGUGGUCCCAAUGUUUUAAGUAUAUGGUGAAUAGUCUUUAGAUGCACAGUAUAAUUUUUAAUUCCUCCACUUAAAGGAGAACGAGGGCUUUCAUAAGGAGAUCGGACAUCACACAUUGCAGAGGCAGUUGUUAAAGAUUUGGUGAUAUUUGUGGUAACUGAGUGAUGAGGAUUGUCACUUUUGAUUUCUACAGAAACUGUCAUUUUGCCCAGAUGGGUUACACAUGUAAGAUUCAGAAAUACUCUUUCAAUGCAGGCAGCCCUUGUAUCAUGGAGGAGGGAAAGGGAGAGUUGCUGUGGGGGAGUCAAAUGACCCCCCCCCCCACCCUCUUAAUUUGACAAUAUUCUGAAAUAUGUUCUCUUUGUGGGUAGGGAAGUCAGUAUAAAGUGCAAAUAAGCACUGUUAUCUGGGGUGAACAUUGGGUCAUAUUUUCCAUUCUCAAUGCUUUUGAGUUCAGGAUUUUUUUUCUCUGCAUGUGUGAUGGUUCAGGUUAGUUUGAACCAAUUGUAAUCUAACGUUAUUAAACAGUUUGGGCGGAGUGGUCAAACAGAAGUCAAAGUAACUUGCAAAAUAAAUUAAAAAAAAAAAACACAAGGCACACAAAGUUAAUUUGUGUAUGUUCCAUGUUUUUAACAAAGAAUGCAGUGCAUGCACCAUUAAUUUAAGCCUUUAUUCCACUGGGAAAAUAAAACUGGUAAUUCCUUCUGUUUGACACUCCUGUCAUCCUAGCUCCAGUGUCUUUUGUUUUUAUUUUAAAGAAUGAGAAUUCCCUCCAUUGUCAGGAAUAUUGACUCAAAUUGAAAUCUGAGCACACUGCAUUAGAUGUUUUGCUCAAUAGGUUUACAAUUGUUAGACCGACCCAAAGCAGGUGUUCGUACACUAAUGAGCAUAAUCGACUCAUCUUUAAUUAUGCUUACCUAUUUUCAAUAAAGUACUCUAAAAUAAUAUUUUUACCGCAUCAGUUGAGUUUGCAUCAUUCUGUUUUCCUUUUGGAUAUAUUUCUUUUUUUUUUUUUCCUUUCCUUUACAGAAGUGAUAUUGCCCAAUGAAACGGAUGAAUUCUGUUGUAUAAUGGACAGGUCCACAGAACAGACCGUUUUAUUACUCAUGGCUGGUGUAUCAGACUCUGUUACCUGUAAUACAGAGAUUUAUGGGUCUGUUUAGUGGUUCACAAUGGUAAUAUUCUAUAAUGGAGUAGAGGAAAGGGAGGGUGGCAGCAGGAACACAUGCAUAAAGACGGGAGCAGUGACUGCUAACAGGGCUCACUUCAACGGUUUGUACUUGAACUCCGAGCACCUAACUGACCAGUGCUUGUAUAAUGCAUUUAAAAAGAAGGGUUUUUUAUUUUUUUGUGGGGAAACAAACAUCCGUACUGUUCUAAUAACAAAUCCCUUUUGCAAUUGCAUUUGUACUUUUGUGCGCUUUCUAUUUGCUGGUCGGUUUGUUGUGCCUUGGGUUAGAGUCUCUGCUCCUGAAAUGAUACCAAUCAGCUCUGUCUGCAUUGUUUGCUGAAAGCCUUUGCAGGCUGUUGUGUCUCGCUGGAAUUCCGUUCCCAUGAGGAAAUGGACUGUUGCACAUUUCCUUCCACAGGGCCCACUCGGUUCACUGUCACCUCUGAAAUGACUUACCGGGCGCAUGAUUUGGCUGCGGUGGAACGUGUCACGGGAGAGUGUGUGGGGGGGGGGGUAUAGAGUUUUGUCACAACAGGGACACCACAGGAAUCUUUGUGACCCAACAAACACCUCCUCACACCCAGUCCUACAUGACAUGCACUUCUCUGUGUACCACAAGCUUGAAGGCGAAGAAAGCGGCCCACCCCCUCCACCGCGCCCCACCCCCUCCACCACACCCCAUGCCAAAAAUUCUGUUGGCGUUGCACCUUGUCUUCCGAUUACACACCACCACCUAGAAUCAUGUCUGAGACUGUCUGGGGGGGUUGUCACUCUCGGAACACCUCGAGUUGCUUAUGUGACACUAAAAUCUGUGUGUGGCACCCAUGGCUUACACUAACUCAGCUCCUGAUUGUUCACAAUCCCUUUUGCAGACACAUGAGUCCUGUCCCACCUCAGCCUAUUUCCGGUAUACUUGGUUCUGAUUUUAUAUAUGUAAGUCGACUGACAAACAGUGCUUGCUGGAAAUACUAAUACGAUUAAAAUCUUUCUUUUUGUAAAUUAAUUGCCGUCUUGCUUAAAAAACAAAACAAAAAAAAAAAAACGCUUAUGAUGUCUGCAACCAUUGUCUCCAAUAAAACCAUGAAAGUGCUC